UCCCACCGGCCCCCGGCCGCCAUGAGGGGGUAAGGGCAGCGCGCCUGCGCGGGGGGCGCCCGCCGGGCUGCGGCCGGCCCCGCGGAGCGGAGCCCGGCCUGGGGGGGCCGGCCUCGACCUCACGGUACGUCAUAUUUUCUGACACUUGAAGAACAAACACCACUGCAACUCCGUGAAUUGCAAAACCACACCAAGUGUGGCAACCCUCCCUACCUCCAGCUUCCCUUCUUUACUGUGACGUUCUUCUUGGGACCUUUGGUUUCAUCCCUGCUGGGUGCACAGCGAGGUGCCUGCCACCAGGGUCAGAGCGGAGGAAGCAAUUUGCAGGUCAGGGAGAGCCAUGGCCUUGAACUUGUAUGUCUUUCACGUCUUCUAUAAAUUCAAAGUGCUGCUGCUCAUCACACUGUGUCUGAUGGUGCUAUGGGCCACAUUCAGUUACUUUGUGGACUCUGGACAGACCGUUCCUAAACCUAAGAAUGUGGUGGAGGAUUUCAGAAAGGCAACUAGCCUGCAGGAGGAAGGCAACAGUUGGAAGGACGAGAAGAUGAAAUUAACUGCAGCAGUUCCUGCAACAUCACCUCAGGGUCACUGUCCAGCUCUGUCUCCAUACCUGCGAGGUGCCAGCAAACUGACCUUCAAGCCCUCUCUCACACUAGAAGAAGUGCAAAAGGAGAACCCUCAGGUGGCCAAGGGCCGGUAUCAUCCCACCGAGUGCUCAGCACUGCAGCGUGUGGCCAUCCUCAUCCCGCACCGCAAUCGGGAGAGACACCUGCUGUACCUCCUGGAGCACCUCCACCCCUUCCUGCAGAGGCAGCAGCUGGACUACGGCAUCUACGUUAUUCACCAGGCUGGAAACACCAAAUUUAAUCGAGCUAAACUGCUGAACGUAGGAUACCUCGAGGCCCUGAAAGAAGAGAACUGGGACUGUUUCAUUUUCCAUGAUGUGGAUCUGGUGCCAGAGAAUGACUUUAACAUUUACAUGUGUGACAGACAGCCAAAGCACCUUGUAGUUGGCAGGAACAGCACUGGAUACAGGUUACGUUACCAGGGCUAUUUUGGAGGUGUAACUGCUCUAACAAGAGAACAGUUUUCCAAGGUGAAUGGAUUCUCUAACAACUACUGGGGUUGGGGUGGAGAAGAUGAUGACCUUCGAAUCAGGGUUGAGAUGCAGAAGAUGCGAGUGGUGAGGCCAUCUGCUGACGUAGCCAGGUACACGAUGAUCUUCCACAACCGAGACCAUGGCAAUGAGGAGAACAGAGACAGGAUGAAGCUUCUACGCCAGGUAUCUAAAAUGUGGAAGACAGAUGGGUUGAAUUCCUGUUCAUAUGAACUGCUGUCAGUGGAACACAACCCUUUGUACAUCAACAUCACAGUGGAUUUCAGCAUACAGCCAAAGAUCUCGUAAGGGUGAGCACCACGCAGGUUACAGGAAAUGGCAGCUAUCUUGUUUGUAGUUGCUGGUGCAGCAACUGAUAGGCAGCACACUGCUUGAAAGAGUACUUCAGUAGCACAGAAGAAAGUUUCUCUUCACAGCAUCUCGUUGGUCGGUUGAGAAUCUCAUUUUGUGAGACUGGACUGGAGAUGGGGACUGACCUGGGGCAGGUCCUGGUGUUCUUGCGUGCACUUUCUGCUGGGGUGUGUGUAAAAGUUUUCUUGUUUGGGCUGGUCCAAGGGAAGGACUUGAACUAAGUCUCCUGGGAAAAAAAAAUAAAUCUUGCACCUAUUCCUAAAUUUCCCAUUUGUAGGGAGGCAAUAUUGCCACAACUUAAAAAGGAGCAGGUCAGUCUUUGCCCCUUAAAAGCACAAGAAUUAUUCACCACUUACAAACUCUGAGAUUUUUCCAGUCUAAGGAAAAACUGCUUGUAUGGGGAGGAAUGGCAAUAAUGGUAAUAGGCAGGGAGAUGAUAAAAAUCUCUCAAUAAAAGACAGUCUACUUAAUUCAAAA